AUGUCUCAAACUUUAUAUUUCAGCGUUCUUCUCAUCGCUCUCUGUUCAUUAUCUGAAUGCAUUCAGCGCCGCUAUCACCACAUAAACAUGUAUAAGACCUGGACUGAAGCUCAGAAAUACUGCAGAGAGAAAUACAUAGAUCUGGCCACAGUCAAUAACAUCAAUGACCUGAACAACAUGAAUCAACAGAUGAGUGUGAUUAAACUGACUGAGGUCUGGAUUGGACUGAAUAGAUCAGGUGUUUAUAAAUGGAAGUGGUCUCUGGGUGAUCCUGUGAAAUAUAUAAACUGGUUUAAUGGAAAAUCAAAUGGUCCAGAUCAGUGUGCUUAUAUGAGAGAUGGAUCAUGGCGUCAUCAGGACUGUAAUGUGAAGAUGAGUUUCAUCUGCUACAAUGGUGAUAAAGGAUUCAUCAUUAAUGAUUCUUCAGUAUCAUGGAGAGUCGCUCAGAUCUUCUGCAGACAGCAUCAUACUGAUCUGACCAGUGUGAGGAAUCAGACUGAGAAUCAACAGAUUCAGAAAAUCAUGAAGGACAAAAACAUAUCUGAAGUCUGGAUUGGUCUGUUCAGUGACUCAUGGGAGUGGUCAGAUGAAAGUGAAUCUGGAUUCAGAUACUGGGAUCCUAUUGAACCAAAUAAUCCUGAUACUGAAAAAUGUGCAGACUUCCAUGCGGAACGGCAUAGUCUGUGGAAUAAUUUGGCCUGCAGUUACUCUCUGACAUUUGUGUGUUAUGAAGAUAAUCUGAUAUUGAUCCAGAUGAAUCUAAGCUGGUCUGAAGCUCUGAGAUACUGCAGAGAGAAUCAUGUGGAUCUGGUUUCAGUUGAUUCAGAGGAGAUUCAGUUCAUGGUGACAGACGUGAUUCAUCAGUCCUCUACUGACGCUGUGUGGAUGGGGUUACACUAUUACCGCCAAAUGAACCUCUGGAUCUGGAUACGAGGAGAGGCCGUGUGCUAUCAGAAUUGGGCUUCAGGGAACGAAACAAAACUGAUGAACUGCAACACUGAACACAGAGCUGGAGCAGUUCAGUCUGGAGGAGAUCAUCUCUGGAUCAGCCUUCCUCAAUCUCAACAACUCAACUUCAUCUGCAUCAAAAAAUAAUCAAAUAAUUUAUGUCUAUCACUUCUUCAUUGAUUGUUUUUGUUUAGUAAAGGUGAAUGGGUCUGAUGAAUAGCUUGUGUGCUGGUAACGUCACACGCUAUAUGUGAAAGUCUUUUAUUAAAUGUUUGAUAUUUUAGGAGCUUUGGUCUGCUGACUUUACAUCUUUAUCUUUUCUUUAGUAAUAGACAGCGUUAAUAUAUUCAAUAAUAUUUCAACAAUUUCACAAAAACUGUCAUUAACCACAAACAAUCACU